CAGUUUUUGCGAUGAGUUCGGCCGGUUCCAAGCCCGCCUUGGUGGCAUCUUCUUCGGCUGCUUCAAAGCGUCAAGCAGUGGACUCGCCUGGAGGUCACGUCGAUCAGCGUGGCAGAACGCAAAGCAACGAUGAGGACGACGAUGAGGGCAACGAUACCCAGCCGGUUUCGACGAGAGCUUGGCUGUCUCCUAUUCUGCCCAGUCGCAAUGCCCGCACGUAUCCCACCGAUGUUCGCGAGCUGAAGCCUGCCCCAGGCCAGCAACGACAAGCGGGAGACUGGCCUGAUCCUGUCGACCCUGUCUACCCACGCCACACAACGACCAAGGAGAUUCUGACUGAAAUUCACGAAUCAAUUUUCGGCAACCGCACUAUUCGCUCCACAUUCAGCGGUUUGCAAGUCGCCACCAUGCGCGGCAUGGGCAAAACAACCUACGGCGCGAACAUUAUCACGCACCUCCUCAAGGCUCUCGAGCAUCCAGCAGCAGAUCUCGGCUUUUCAGAGAAGCGCAGGUCAUUGUUGACGAAUCUGCUCACCCAUCGUACGCAGACCGUCUUCAUUGAUUUCAACGGUCGAGGCGACGGUCUCGCAUCUGCAGAUGACUUUGGCACCUACGUCUGGCUUGCCAAACGUCUUGCUGCUCGCGGCCUGCUGGACCUCCCUAUCCACAAAUGUCGUGAUCAGCUGAGUCGACUGACCUACCUCUUAGUCUCAGAAGUCAUCCGCGAGCUCUGGCGACGCUUGCGCGAGCGCCAGCAGAUUCCUGACGAUGAACACGCCCUUCUGAUCAUCCACAUCGACGAGUAUCAGCUUGCCCACCGCUUCCUUGCUGAGCAAACAAAUGCGGAGGCCGCCACCGGCACGCUGGCCAGUGUUUUGAGCGAGAUUCUUAACUACAACUUUGACUCGAAGAAGAACACUGUGGUGGUACUUUGGACUGGAUGUUCAACCGCUGGUUUGACCCAGCUUCCGCUUAACGUCCAUCGGAUGAAACUGGUGCAUCUCGAGCCGCUCCCCCUUUCCUCUGCCCUGGAUCUGCUCGAGAAAAAGUGGGAAUCCGAGGAACCUCCGAUUCAGCUUCACGAGCAGUGGCGGAACAAUCGAGAGUUUCGUCAGUUUGUUCACGAUGUCGGCGGUUCUCCAAAGCUUCUUUCAAGUCUUCCCUCUCAUCCUCAGCUCGCACUUGCGCCCAACGAGUAUACCAUUGUCACGGUUUUGGAUCACUUCGCAAAGCGACUCGCGACCGUCCCGCUCAAUUUACUCGGUGAUGAGCAAGACGCCUCAGCGCUUGUCGAUCUCGUGCUGACUCAGCGGCCUGUUGUGCCAUCGACACUAGUUGGUCAGUUCACGGUUGAACAGCUCGCCUACCACGGCAUGCUGACUCUCGCUCCAACGGCCCAUGGUAUGGUCGUGGUCGGCUGUCCUAUUCAUUACAUGCACGCCCUGCUCAACCGGAACUUUGCAACGACCCGCGCGUCUGCAUUACGUUUGUUCCGGCUCCCUUUCAACGAUGCUGGAGACGGGGAUAUUUUCGAAACCGCGGCGCUAUUGUCGUUGACGGCACAGCUCCGCUUGCUCGGUAAAAGUGGUUCGUCUCCCGAUGUUGCCAGCCUUCUACACAUCAAUUUCUUGAAUUCGCAACCAACUCCUGAUUUUCGCGGCUUUAUUCACCUCAACGCUCUCCGCGCCUUCUCCCAGUCUGCUUCUUACGUGCCGAUCAUCGAGGGCACACAGAUUCUGUCCAACAGCAAUUCGACCUUCGAGUUCUUCACUCGUCGGGUUCAAGGAAGAAGCCCCUGGUCCCUCAAGCAAGAGGAUUUCGGCUCGAUGGCCUCCUGUGUUGACACCCCAGCAAGCCGCAUUCCGGUAGUUCAGACGGCGAAAAACACUUACGGAGUCAACAUGUGGGUCCUUCUUCCCGCUGAGCACAACUUGUACGCACAGACGAAACCCUUGUUGGUUCUCUUCCAACUCAAGCACCAUCAAGCCGUGAGUCAAAACGAUACUUUCAGCAAUCUCCAGGGCACGAUCGAAACGACUCUAGAGAAGGUGACCGCAGGUGUUACAGACCCGCAGACCGGCGAGACCGUCUGCGAAGUGCUGAUAGUUGUGAUGGUGACUGGUACCGCCAGUACACGCCCGAACGAAGCCACUCGUCUUGCGGCAGAUCGAGAAUGGGCCAAAGCACUGGCAACGUUUAACAAGGAACCCGACCCUCGUGUGAUUGUUCUCAUGGACGAGGAUGUGCGCCGAGUUGUGCCUUUCAUGUGGUCGCGCUUUCCCGACACUGGUGACUGGGUCGUGCCGAACUAA